UGCCCGGGGUGACGGGGACAGCCGGGGCAGGGGGGGAGGUGACAGUGCCCGGGGUGACGGGGACAGCCGGGGGUGUGACCGCGCCGGGGCUCGGCCCCGCCGCUUCCGCCCGGGGAGCGGCAGGGGCGGGCCGGUAGCUCCCGGUAGCCGGUAGCCGCGGUGCCGCCGCCGCGCUAUCCCGUAGGGCCAUGGAGAAGCCCCGGCUCAUCACCGACUCCUUCCCGCUGCGGCGGCGGCCGGGCCGAGCCCCGGGCAAGCUCAAGGGCAGGGUCAAGAGCAGGGGCUGUCCCCGGGUCCGGCCCCGACCCCCCCCGGCCACCGAGGACCCCUCUUCGCCGUCCCCCCCGGACCAAGCCCUCAUGGAGAUGCUGCGCCGCUUCGAUCUGGCCUGGGAGUACGGGCCCUGCACGGGUAUCACCCGCCUGCAGCGGUGGGAGCGGGCGGAGGCGCUGGGGUUGAGCCCCCCCGGUCCCGUCCGCGACGCCCUCCUGGAGCACCAGGACAACCCCGAUGUCACCUACAGCCUCUGGCACGAGUACGAGCUCUGAGCCGCUGCGCCCCCACGCCGGAGGGAGGAGAAGGGGGGGGUCACCGUGGACGUUGUGUGUGUGUCAUCCCCCCCCCAGCUCCGCAGAGCCUGUCCGCAGCCGCGCCGCAGCCCGGGGGGGCACCGGGCGGAUUAAAGGCUGGUGUGAGUGAA